ACAAGAGGCGCGGCGCUGCUCCCCCCCGCCCGGGGUCGCGAAGGCCGCGGGUUCGAGUCCCGUCGCCGCCGCUGCCGGCUCCCGCUGGGGCUUUCACCUCUCGGCACCCCCGAGCUUCCUCACGGCUCCCCGGGCUUUUUCCCGCAGAGCCAUGGAGGCCCCCGAGGGGCUGUCUGCUAGAAAGGGAUCCUGUCUGGUGCCUCAGGCUGUUCCCGGCGAGUCCCAGCCACCGUCGGCAAACGCGGUACAGAUCACAGUGACGAAGGCACAGGACCUGAAGAGCAUCAGAAGCGACACCUCUUUUACUUUGGUGCGUGUGGAGUACGACGGAGUGAUCUUGGGAGACUCCUCCACCGUUCAGGUCUUGCCAAACGGGACAGCAAACUAUAAUUUCACGACCAGCUUUGAGUACAGCCCCGAUGGGCCCAACUCCUUGGUCGACAUUGCGCAGAAACCUGUGCUCUUGACAGUGAUAGAAGCAUUGCAAAAGCAGAAGAAACAGAAGGAGGAGAAGGCCGUGCCUCUUGGCCAGGCUGUGGUGGACCUUCUGCCUCUGCUGCAAGGACAGUGUUCAUUUACGCUCCUGGCUCCUUUGUAUGCCGUGCCUACCUCUCCAUCAGAAAGCCUUCACCCAGAGGCCAAGUGCGGCCUUGAAGUGACUGUGCGCACCGAGAAGCCCCUGCUUUCUGCAAGCCAGCUUUCCAAUGGUAACUUCCUGAGCGUCACGCUGGAGGCAGCUUACUCUGUCCCUGACGCCUUCAUUCCCACCGGACCCCCGCAAAACUACAUGGCUUGCUUGCAAGUACCAGCAGCUGGAGAGAAGGAAGUCCCUUUGCUCUUCCAGAAUGGCGUCCUGAAGCCUGGUGGUGAAAAAGAAUCGUUACCCCGGCCCAAAAAAUGGUCCCUUGCUAACAUCAUGGCCCCUGCUGCUCUGAACAUACCCAACUCCUUCAUCUUUGGUGGUCCGUAUGAGGAUGAGGAUGGAGAGCUCAACACAACGGAGGACAGGGAGUUUAGGAUCCAGGCAGAAAGCAUGAAGAGAAUCGUAUGGGACACGGAAAGACGCUGUUACCUGGAUCCUGCUGCAGUACUCGUUCUGCAGAAGCGCAUUGCAGAGUGCCGCUACUGGCCCGUGGAGGUCUGCAGGAUGCCUGUGGUCUCAUCCAGCAAAGGCAAAACUAGCAAAGCUGACAAGGGAGAUGAGGACAGGCAGAUUUUCUUCCAUGGCGUGGCAUAUGUCAACAUGGUGCCUUUGCUGUGCCCUGGCGUGAAGCGGAUUCGAGGCGCUUUUCGUGUCUUUGCCUACCAGGACAGCGAGGUGUUUGAGAAGACUAAACAACAGCAGAGCAUUUUGCGGGAUCUCAGGCCACAGGCCAGUCUGACUAAAGAAAGACCAUGCACCCCAGGAAUCAGUUCUCCUCUUUCCAGAGCUGUUGCCAGUAAGCCCCAGAGAGAAGAAAAGGAGAAGAGCACCAGAGAAAGGGAAUUCAACAGAAGGACCUCCUAUGCACCAAAAGUCCAGUUGUCAGAUGCUGCUCUAGAAGGUGAAAAUACCGAAAAAUCUCUCAGCCUUGAUGGACAGCAAUAUGCCGAAGCAGGAACGUUCCUGGUGAUGGAGAUAAAGCUGGACAAGGCCUUGGUACCAAAACGAUUGCGAGAGGAGCUCACCAAAAGGGUCAAGGAGAUGAUUCCCCCUCGCCCUCCGCUGCCUCCCCGGACUGAAGGAGCCAAGAAGGCUGUGGAAGAUUAUCACAACCAUGUCACGAGCAUUGCUGUUGCCAUCCUAAGUGAAUACCACGACCUGUUUGGGAAGCAGCUGCCUGGCCAAGGAGUGAUAGACCAUCAGACUCUGGAGGAACAGAAGCGUCUACUCAACUUUGAGCUCAAUAGCUCUGGAAAAUAUUUUGCUUUUAAGGAGCAGCUAAAGUAUGCUGUAGUGAAGAUUGUGAGGGAGAAAUACCUGAAGACCACAGCGUUUGAGACCCAGGAGCAGUUCCAGGCAUUUCUCAGUGAGCUGUACGUGUACCUGGUGGAUCAGAUGCACGUUGCCCUGAACCAGCUGCUGCACGAAGAAGCUGCUUCCCCUGUCCCUCUACCCCGCAUGACUGCUGAGCAGCUCUGGCUCUUUGCUCACGAAGCUGAAGUCAACAAGGACUACAAGCUGGCAGCUCUCUACCACCAGCAGAGGAUAGCUCAGGACAAGCACAACACCCAGUACUGGCUGGACUACGGGGCAUUCUGCCUCCUGCUCGAGGACACCACCAAAGCCCAGGAGUGCUUCCGGGAGGCUCUUUCUCUGGAUCCACACCACGUGCGCAGCUUGCUGCUCUGCGGGAUCGUGGCAGUCGUGCUGCAGCACUACGAAGAGGCAGAGAUUUUCUUUGAGGAUGCCUGCUGCUUGGAGCCAUCCAACAUUGUAGCCUGGACGGUUUCAGGUUUGUUCUAUGAGCUGCAGAAUAAUAAUAUUCAGGCAGAAAUGGCCUUCCGCGAGGCUAAGAAGCAACUCCAAGCACAGCUCGCCAAGGAGAGGAGCAUCUCUGAGGGAAAAGGAGGGAAAAAGCAAAUUGCUGCUGCAUAUGUGAGGUCUACCAGUCCAGGCCCGGAACAGCUUUUGCCAGAGGGGGCUCCGGACGGCUCAGCCAGCACGCUGCCCGAGGCGGUGGAGGAGCCUGCCCCGGCCUGCCCAGCGCCUGAGGAAGAGGCUCUGGCAUCAGAGGCAGCCCCAGAAGGGCCACCCCCCAUCUCAGGACUUAGCCAGCCUUCCUGCACAAUCUUCAUGAAGGCAGUGGAAUUCCUGAUGAAAUUCAAUGCCAUCCAGUUUGUUCACAUGGCGCUUGCCCACGAGCUGCUGGCAGGCCCCUCUUGCCCGUACUACCUGGCACUGGCCCGGACUUACUUGCUGAAGGAAGACUUCUCCAAAUGCGAAGAAUAUCUCUGCGAGGCCGUUCGGAUCGACUUCAUGAAUCCAGAUGUCUGGGCUCUGAAAGGGCAUCUGUGCUACCUGAAGAGAGACUUUGCAGGGGCGAGGGAGUGCUAUGAGCGAACCAUCAGUUUUGUGGUGGAUGCUGCAGAUAUGCACUUUGUCUACCUGCGCCUGGGCUCUGUCUACCUGGAAGAGAAAGAGUACGGCAAGGCGAAGCAGACCUACCUGCAGGCCUGCAAGAACUCUGCAUCCUGUCUCACCUGGCUGGGAGUGGGAAUCGCCUGCUACAGGCUGGAGGAGAUGGGGGAAGCAGAGGACGCUCUCUCAGAAGCCAACGUCCUGAACAACAGCAAUGCCGAGGUGUGGGCGUAUCUGGCCCUCAUCUGCCUGCACGGAGGGCGGCAGCUGGAGGCAGAGCAGUGCUACAAGUACGCCGCCAAGCUCGGCCUGCGGUCCGCCGCCCUGCUGCAGGAGCUCCGCGCCGCCCAGCAGCGCUUCGGCUUCGGCAACCCGGCCUUCUGAGCCCCCCCCCCCGGUCAAUACAGCCGCUGGGCGCCC